AUGUGUUUUUCAAGGCAGUCAUUGAACGCAACAUCCUCUGACGUUGGCUUUUCACUCUGGACUGCUAUGAGUUGACCCAACUUCUGUCCUGGGAAUGCAGCCGCCGCUCCCACCCGAGGUGGUCCGAGAGCUGGUGCGCUCUUGCCUGCACAGAGAUCCCGUGGCGGCCGAUCUUCGCUGUAGCCUGUUUGUCGCUGCUGCCCAAAACUACAAAAAGGACUCUUUGCUUCGCCCCUUCCCUCCCCGAUAUGUUCACCGGGACAAUAAAGACUUUGACACGCUGUUGGUAGAUGUGAAUUCCUUCCCUGGCGUAAGGGAGUUAGUCCGACUGCGUCCAGGAGAGGGUGAGCGCCAUGUGGCACUUGCACACUGGAUCCUCUCGUCCAAGAGUUUUGCUGUCAAGACACUACAGAAAGAUGAGUAUGGCAGACUUUGCGCCUUGACACAAUGUGCCAUCGAUGCCGCCCCUGCACCUGACUUCCUGUUUGAGCUGGAGUACUGUGACCAAUUGAAUGUGCGAUUUGAGCGGAUGAGAGAGGAUCGAGAGGUCUUCUAUGCCUUCCACGGGAGUCGUCUGGAGAACUUUCAUUCCAUCAUUCACAACGGGCUGCACUGUCACCUCAACAAGAACUCUGUGUUUGGAGAGGGCACCUACCUCACCAGUGACCUAAGCAUGGCUGUACUCUACAGUCCCCACAGCAGCGGUUGGCAGGAAAGCAUCCUGGGGCCACUGCUCAGCUGCAUCGCCUUGUGCGAAGUCAUCGAUCACCCUGACGUCAAGUGUCAGGUCAAGAAAAAAGAUUCCGAAAUGGUUGACCGACAGCGCUUGAGGGCCAAGAACAGCGAGGCAGGGGACGUGCCCGAGAAGUACUUUGUGGUCACAAAUAAUCAGCUUCUACGUGUCAAGUAUCUGCUGGUUUACUCUCAGAGGAGACACAUGUCCAGACAUUCCCGCAACACCUCAUGGUUUCUCAGGCACCACUUUGCCAUAAUGAUGAGUCUCUACCUUCUGCUGCUUAUAUUCAUCAGCACGGUCAACUCCAACACCUUCAUGUCCUUUUGGAACAGACGCUUCAGAUGACCGUUCGGCUGUGCCUUUUUGUCGGGACUGUGACUGAAGGCCUCGCCAACACGGACCGCACAUUUUGAUACUGUUCGCUUUUCCUCCAUGAGCACUCUCUUGUUAUGCAAAAAUGAUACUACAAUACAUUUGUAGUACACAACAUUAUUUGCAAGUGUGCAGCAUGGAAUUGAGUUUUUCAGCUUUUAUUAAAUAGCUUGCACAUUCUAAUAGAAAUAUAGUGGAACGUCUAAAGUCAAAUUUAUGGGGGACAAUCAACCUCUUACUGUAUUAAAAUUCAGUGCAAAGAAGAAAAACACAAAAUACACCUUAUCUUACCUUACUCUUGCUCUGAAAGGUCAAAUUAAAGGUGUAAGGAAACAAUUCAUUAUGCAUUUCAAUCAGAGGUGGGUAGUAACACGUUACAUGUACGCCAUUACAUUUACUUUAACUAUUUGAGAAAAAUGUACUUCCAUAAGUAGUUUUACUAAACCAUACUUUUUACUUGAGUAGAUUUGUGGAGGAAAAAAACGCUAAUCUUACUACGCUACGUUGGGCUGCACAAAGAGUCGCUACAUUUUUCCUCUAUAUUCUAAAUAUUUGUUUUUUUUUUCGAAAAGCUCUACCAAUUUUACCAAUGAAACAUCGCUACAAUAAUCACGACUCCAUUAUACCAAUCAUACGCAAGCUUGUCGUUUUAUGAUCACGCCAGCCUUUUCAAUCACGUGGCAUCUUCAAAGCACCGUAAAAAAUGAAGUAUUUGACAGAUCGCUGCCCUCAACAUGACUCGAAAGCGCGGAUUUAAACCUCUCUCCCAGUUUUAUUUGGCGCCGAUUGACCGCUGAAAAAUGGAGAUAUGAUCCUUUUAAUUUCAUAAUAGUGACAAAGAAUUAUUCACAGUUCAAGCUAGGAACUAUUUUCUCCACUAGGCGGCCUUCAUGCUCAUUGGACAAAUAAUGCUUCAUUUGUCAUUUUAUUUUUUCUCUUGCCGGAAUUAUUAUUUUUUUGUAUUUCGUUGGCUUAAUGUGGUUAUGUAAUGGGUUAUAGUACAGUAUCAUAAUAACAAAAGUUCAUAUAGAUAACUUUGUGUUGAGAAAAGAAAUACCAUUGUUUAAAAAAAAUAAAAAAUGUAAGAAGUUACUCACAAUGUUACUCAUUACUUGAGUAUUCUUUUCACUGAAUACUUUUUACCUGAGUACAUUUUUUGGCUGACUACUUUUGCUUGAGUAAUCUUAUUUUUGAAGUAACGCUACUCUUACUUGAGUAAAAUUUGUCGCUACUCCACCCACCUCUGAUGUUAUUAUACUGCUUACCUUUACACUUGCAUGACAGUUAAGAAUGUUGAAAGGCAACCUAAAAUAUAGCCUGAGAUGAACCAGCACUAGCUGUUUUUCCCACCCCAAGAUUUCCUAAGAGGUAAUAACUUUUCGAACCUGAAGAAAUGACUUGAUUUUGUUUGAACUAAAAAAGUUCCACUGUGGUUAAUAAAAAGCAGAGAUGGCAAAAGUAUAUAUCCUCAGUUAAAAAGUAGAACUGAUUGAAUGCCUAAAAGGGACUAAAUGGUUUGUCACUUUUUUACUCGCAAACCUAAAACUCGUGCAUGGCGCGCAUGGUUGUACAUGCAAAAAUUAAGUUGAUAGGAAUUUUGAAAGUAUGACUAUUGUGCUACUAUCGGCCAUUUAUUAACAAUAAUUAAAACCGAGUCUUGGAAAAAGGCUGUUAAAAAAUAUUAACAAACAAAAAAAAUACAAUGAAAUUUAGUUUAAUGGAAGAGAGAUGAGAUUGUUUGUUUGUUCACGCAUUGAUGCUAAGAUGCCAUUGAGCUUUCAACCAUUUCACCAGAUUUGGUUAAAAUGCAGUUGACCUACAGUGGGGCAAAUAAGUGUUUAGUCAGCCGACAAUUGUGCAAGUUUUCCUACUUGAAAAGAUUAGAGAGGCCUGUAAUUGUCAACAUGGGUAAACCUCAACCAUGAGAGACAGAAUGUGGGGGAAAAAAUCACAUUGUUUGAUUUUUAAAGAAUUUAUUUCCAGAUUGGAGUGGAAAAUAAGUAUUUGGUCACCUACAAACAAGCAAGAUUUCAGGCUGUCAAAGAGGUCUAACUACUUCUAACGAGGCUCCUCUCGUUACCUGUAUUAAUGGCACCUGUUUUAACUCUUUGGUAUAAAAGACACCUGUCCACAACUUCAGUCAGUCACACUCCAAACUCAAUAGGUAAAACGCUUGGUGUAAAGAAAUCAACUGUGGGAGCAAUUAUUAGAAAAUAGGACAUUCAAGACCACUGAUAAUCUCCCUCGAUCUGGGGCUCCAUGCAAGAUCUCACCCCGUGGCGUCAAUAUGAUAAGAACGGUGAGCAAAAAUCCCACAACCACACGGGGGGACCUAGUGAAUGACCUACAGAGACCUGGGACCACAGAAACAAAGGUUACUAUCAGUAACACAGUGCGCUGCCAGGGACUCAAAUCCUGCACUGCCAGACGUGUCCCCCUGCUGAAGAAAGUACACAUCCAGGCUCGUCUGCCAUCCGCUAGAGAGCAUUUGGAUGAUCCAGAAGAGGACUGGGAGAAUGUGUUAUGGUCAGAUGAAACCAAAAUAGAAGUUUUUGGUGGAAACACAGUUCCUCUUGUUUGGAGGAGAAAGAAUACUGGAUUGCAUCCGAAGAACACCAUACCUACUGUGAAGCAUGGGGGUGGAAACCUCAUGCUUUGGGGCUGUUUUUCGGCAAAGGGACCAGGACGACUGAUCUGUGUAAAGGAAAGAGUGAAUGGGGCCGUGUAUCGAACGAUUUUGAGUGAAAAUCUUCAAUCAGCAAGGGCAUUGAAGAUGGGAUGUGGCUGGGUCUUUCAGCAGGACAAUAAUCCCAAACACACAGCCAAUGCAACAAAGGAGAGGCUUCGUAAGAAGCAUUUCAAGGUCCUGGAGUGGCCUAGCCAGUUUCCAGAUCUCAACCCCAUAGAAAAUCUGUGGAGGGAGUUGAAAGUCCAUGUUGCCUAACGACAGCGCCAAAACAUCACUGCUCUAGAGGAGAUCUGCAUGGAGGAAUGGGCCAAAAUACCAGCAACAGUGUGUGAAAAAAUUGAAGAGUUACAGAAAACGUUUGGCCUCAGUUAUUGCCAACAAAGGGUACAUACGUAACUAAGUAUCGAGAUGAACUUUUGGUAUUGACCAAAUACUUAUUUUCCACCAUGAUUUGCAAAUAAAUUCUUUAAAAAUCAAACAAUGUGAUUUUCUGGGUUUUUUUCCCACAUUCUGUCUCUCAUGGUUGAGGUUUACCCAUGUUGACAAUCACAGGCCUCUCCAAUAUUUUCAAGUGGGAGAACCUGCACAAUUAGUGGUUGACUAAAUUACUUAUUUGCCCCACUGUAUGUGUACUUUUUCUAUAUUUGUUUGUAGCACGGUUUAAGCCUGGCAGCCCGUCACUCAUAAGGCAUUGGGGAAUCCAUGGUUACCCUGGAACCAUUUUGCUGGCUUUGGCUAAGAUGUUUCUUACUUAAAUAAAAUGUGUUACCAAAAAAAUCGACUUAACCCUUGAUAGAGCAAGUGACUAUUUUUGGCAAUUAAACAAAACAAAAAAAAUACUCCAUACUCACGUCCACAUACGGGAGCACUACAUUUAUUCACGAGUAUGGGUGUCAUUUUUAAGAAAAAUAAUCACCGUAAAUUUCGUCGUUAUUUUUCCCUUCGUUUUGAAUCCUCCGUCUUAUAGUCCAGUGCGGUUUAUUUGUUGAUGUAUUUGGGUUAAUAGGUAACACUUUAUUUUGCAGCGGCGUCAAAGGACUGUCAAAAGAUCGUCAUAAUUAUGACAUGACACUGUCAUCGGCAUUACUGAAUGUGUAUGACAGAUGUCAUUAAGUGUCAUCCGACAAAUUAUGUCACUAACUCCAUUUAGAUGUCCAGCUCGGAUCUUUUACAUCCAUUCAAAAGUUGGAUAAUUUGCCGGAUAACACUAAAUGACAUCUGUCAUAAGCAUUCAUUAAUGCGCAUAACAGUGUCAUGUCAUAUUUAUGAUUGUCUAAUGACAGUCUUACGGCGAUACUGUCAAAUAAAGUGUUAGCAAAUACCAUAACUAGCAAUUUAUGAAACAACAGGAACAGUAACAGAAGAAAUAAUUAGCAGAGAACAUGAAUUUUGAUUGUUAUUUACAUCUGUAGCGCUGGAGUGCAUGCUAGGAGGCAUGUUGGACAACAACAGUGUUGACAGCAGGUGGCAGCAGAGGUUGACUGUCUCCCCCAAGGGAGCAAGGAUGGCCAAAUAAAGCUUCUUGAAGCUAUGAAGCUUUGCAGCCAAUUGGUUCAAAGGUCUUACGACAGUCUUAUGACGCCGCUGUCAAAUAAAGUGUUACUGGUUAAUAUCUUCUGGUGUAAUUAUCCCAUAAUACAGUGAGGACAGCUGCGGCAAAUAGUCCAGAGGGGUUAUCUAUGAACAAAUGCCAUUUUAGUGUCAAAUUUGGUGGGUGGCAGCUUAUAGUCAGGCUCGCUUUAUAGUGUGAAAAUUACAGUAAUCAUAAUUUUUACAUACAUUUUAUAAAUUGUGUAAAAUGGUUAUGACCACCAGUAGAACUAGUUUUUUCCCCCAUUCACAGUACUUAAAUAAUUGCCUGCUAUUGACGAUGAACAUCCAAUUUAAACUUGGAGGCCUGUGAAUGGUCUUAGUACCAUUGAAGGCACUUGAUAUUGUGAGGGGUCAAAGUGGAUUGGGCGGCAAAUGAGUGUCUUAUAAAGGGUUACAUCGUUUUAAUUACACUGCAAUUUUUUUUAUUCCACUGUUGUAUGACUAUGAGGAUUGUUAAAAAUGCCUAUUUUAAUUGUGUACUAAUCAUUUCCACAUGUAUUAAAUACAGCAAUAAGUGAAUGUAAUCAAGUCCUCUAAUCCAGGAAUUAUAUGUAAUAAAAUGUAUUCGAUUUGUA